CUUGUAUAUAAAUCGCAUUCAUCUUCUUCACAUUCCAUAUUCACACACUUACAUCUAAAACACUUUGAAACUUUUUAAGGUUUUCAGCAAUAUUCUUUUCUUGUACAAUGGCUAACAAGAACAACAACAUUGUCGUCGUGUUCGAUUUCGACAAGACGAUUAUUGACGUGGAUAGCGAUAAUUGGGUCGUCGAUGAACUUGGUUUCACCGAGUUGUUUGACCAGCUUCUUCCGACAAUGCCUUGGAACUCUCUCAUGGAUAGGAUGAUGAAGGAGCUUCAUGAUCAUGGUAAAACCAUUGAAGAAAUCAAACAAGUCUUGAGAAGAAUCCCUAUUCAUCCUCGUGUCAUCCCUGCCAUCAAAUCCGCUCGUGCUUUAGGGUGCGAGCUGAGAAUAGUGAGUGACGCGAACACGUUCUUCAUCGAAACGAUCGUUGAACAUCUCGGGAUUAGGAAGUAUUUCUCCGAGAUUAACACAAACCCUGGACUUGUAGAUGAACAAGGAAGGUUAAGAAUCUCUCCUUACCACGAUUUCAACAAGUCUUCCCAUGGUUGCCCUCGUUGUCCUCCUAACAUGUGCAAGGGUUUGAUAAUUGAGAGGAUUCAAGCUUCUUUUUCCAAAGAAGGAAAUAAGAUGAAGAUGAUUUAUCUUGGAGAUGGUGUUGGUGAUUACUGUCCGAGUCUUGGACUCAAAGCUGAAGAUUACAUGAUGCCAAGGAAGAAUUUCCCUGCUUGGGAUUUGAUUAGUCAAAACCCGACCUUGGUUAAGGCUACGGUUAGAGAUUGGAUCGAUGGUGAAGCUAUGGAAAAAAUAUUAAUGGGAACUGCCAACGAGAUUAUGUCAUCAGAUGAAGAAGAGGAGAAGGAGAAGAUGUUAUGCUCUGAUCACUGCAAAAUAUCUGUUGUUGGGAUUGUUCAUGAACCUAUGUUGCCUCUUUCUCUCCAAGUUCCUCUACACCUCGUUAAGUGAUUGAUGAAGAGAACAAGAAUCUAAGAUUCUUUUUGUUUUCUUUUGUUUUGAAUAUAAUAUUGCAAUCGAGAAAAAUGUAUAAGAUAUUGAAUGGUUCAUGCACUUACAUGUACUACGUUGGAUUCUUAUUGAUGUAAUUCCCUUGGAACCUUAA